AACGAAUUUGUUUUUUUAGGCCUCCAAUGUUUUGACAACUUCCCGCCAUCCUUCCUCUGCACGUUUUUCUUCCUAGAUUCAAAUUCUAAAUGAUUCGAAAUAGAGAAUUCUCAAUCUUGGCUCGGCUUCAUUGAAUGUGUAAAAUUUAGUGACUUCCAUUCAGUCAGGAGGCUUUAGGUCAUCCAAGUCACAUGUACAAAUGUCGAAAAUAAAAAGGAGUCGCUCUCAAAAGGCUACCAACACAGGCUCCCCCACGAACACGAUUGACAGAUAUUUUUCACCCUCUCCGAGAAAUAUCGCAGUGAAUAGUUUGAAUUCACCUUUAGAGGAUCUCACUCUCAGCAGUCCAAAAAAAAAACGCUCCAAACUAGCUGGAUCAGUUGAUGCCUCUCCUAGACUACCACCAUUCCAUUUUUCAUGCCCAAAUGUGAAUAAAAACCAGUCAUCACCUACCAAAAGAAAGCCAUCAACGCCCACAAGUUACUCCAAGAAGUCAUCCCCAAAGAAAUCGGUCAGAGCUCUUUUUCCAACUCCAAAAAGAAAAAGAUCCGAUGUGGAUGACAGUAGCUCCUCUGCAAGCAAUUUGAAAAUCGACUUAAACGCCAAUUUAGCGAACGUUUCACCAAUGAAAGUUGAUCCCCGCACUAGUCCUAGGAAAAAAGCAGGUACUCUCAGUGCGGAAAAAUUUUUUAUGAAGAGUGAUGAUGUUCAUCGUGAUGAGCACUCAUCCGAGUCUGAUGAAGAGCCCGAAUUCAAAGGAGAAAAUGCAUCACCAACUAUUAAAUUAAUGGCCACAAAUUCCUGCAAUCAUGCUGUUUCUGAAGCAGUCUCACCAACUCCUAGGCGAGAAGGUUUAAACUUCUUUAGAGAUGUGGCAUCUUUUAUUCGUGAGAAAUACCACAAUCUGGAGCGACGUUUAAAUUUCAGCUUCCCUAUCUGUGAGAACAAAGAGCUCACUGAAAGAGAACGUGAGAGUGCUGCAGUUGCUGAGUCGCUCAUGGCUGUCAUCCAGGUCGACAGUUUUUCUGACGCAGGGAUCGACCUGACAGAAAACUUUUUAUCUGAAAGAAAAUACCUAAGUUGGCAGCUUUUGCGCCACAUUGUGUAUUUUACAAUGAAUUAUUGCAAUGAUGAAGACUGGAUAAAGUGUUUAAAGAUAUGCUUCAAUCAAUUAGCGCUUCACCCUCCUGUUUCAUGUGACAUGCGCCAAUAUUAUUUAUUAUUACUGGAUCAUGAAGAAGAAAUGAAUUUUUCUCAAAAAUCUCAAAAAGGGUUUCUGACCUAUCUAAUGGAAGAACUGUCGGAGAGGUACAAGUACACCUCUCCAGCAAACUGUAAACGAACAAGAAAGAAAAACCCUAAAUACUCAGAUUAUUCAGAAAUAGAUGAGGAUUUUGAAGAUGAGCAGAAAGGAAAAGGAAAGAAAGGAGCAAUAACACCACAGAAAGGGAAGAAGAAUGAGAAAAAAAUAGUCUCAUGGCUUUCAACUGAUGAUGAUGAAAUUGAUAAUAGUGAAAUCAAUGAGACACUUCAGAAUGCCAUUGAUGAUGUUGGGAGAAAGCAACAGAAGAUUCUUGGCCGUGAAAUCCUAGAAGAAAGGCAGUUGCAAUUGUUUGAUUUUGUGAUAAGAAUUUUACAAGUUGAUUUUCUGGAAUGGAGCAAAAAAUGGGGUCUCAAUCGCCGAGAAAAACUUGUUUCUACACAUGAAUCUCCUCUAGUUGCAACAUUGAUGUGGGAUAGAUUGCUAGGAUUCAGUGCAAUUUCACUGCGCAUCAAAGAAGUCUUCCAUUUUUAUGUUAAUUCUGAACCGCAGCAUCGAAAAUAUUUUGAAAGAUUUAUCACUUUAAUGGUAGAGGUGAUGAGGAUAUUUGAUGGAGAGGUCACCAAAAUAGAUGGGGCGUUAUUUCUGAAUUUCCCGCAUAAAGGUGAAAUGCUAGGUGAAAAGUGCAGGAGCUUUGCGGAUGAAUUUUUUCUUCAUUGUUUUGGUUCUCCAACCCACAUGUCUGCAACAGAAGUCCACAAUAUCAAUUUGAAAAUCAAUACCUUGGAGCCUUCUUGGUUGAGACUUCAUCUGUUAAAUCGACUGUUAAACCAAACGUUGGGCUCUAAACUUACUGGCAACUUAUCAAGUGUAAUUGAUGUGUUAAGAGCUUUUUCGUUUGAGGAUAAAAUAUUUGAAGCGUAUUCGUCAUGCAAACAAGAACAACCCUGUGGAUCUCAACAACUGAAAGAAACAGUUAAAACACAACGAACUAAACUUAGGAGUCGAGGAGCGAUAAAUAAACCAAAAGAUCCCGUUGGUGAAACUGAUCUGCACAAAGCAUGCAAGAAUAAGAAAGGGUCGAUUUUUUAUAACCGCCCAUUAGAAAAUCUGUUGGCUGUCCCCAGUGUAAAUAUCAUGGUCUGUGAUAACAAUGGAUGGAUUCCGUUGCAUGAGGCAGCCUAUUCAGGCAAUGUAGAAGGAUGCCGCAUGCUGUAUGAGCAUGCAUCUACUUUUGAUCAAAAAUUCCGUCUACUUUCAUGCAGGAGUAAUGAAGGCUCAACACCUCUACUGGAAGCUAUCAGCAAAGACCACAUUGAAGUGGCUGAGUUCCUUCUUAAAGUUGGAGGAUCAUUCCUGCUGCAGCAAAUUGAUAAUACAGGAAGGACAGCAUUCGAUGCUUGCAAGUCAGAAGGCAUGCGAGAAGUACUGAAGAGGUACGAGAACACACCAGUGAGUAAAUACCUAAGUGUGCCAAAUCAUAUUUGGGUUAUUCUGUUUGCCCUAAUUUCCUCCUACUUUGAAACGUAUGGCACUGAGGUCUGUUUCAAAUACCGAAACCUCACCUUGUCGCCUGCCGAUUUCAGCAAUGUUAGUUUCCCCAAUAAGAAGGGCCAUCUCUCAUUCAUACUCAAUUCUAGUCUUUAUUCUAAAGAUCUCUGUUUGAUAGGCCAGCUGCAAAGCAUAAUUGAAAUGCUGAAGGGAAAUAAUCCUGCAAUCAAGGAAUUGAAAUUGCUGGAAAUAUACUUUCGUGAGGAAUUAUACAUUUACAUCUCGUGAAAAUUUUAGUGGAAACUCCUCUAUUUUAGUCGUAUUUCCUAUUUCAACUGGUGCACAUCUGUAUCUUCUAACAAGCAAUUUAUUUCUUAACUUUAUUUCCAUGCUUAUACAGAGCUUCCUCUGUACCUCGCCAUUAAGAAGCUUUACUUUUGAUUUAUGUCAUUUUUUUAUGAUAAGGACAAUUAAGACUGUUGUGUAUUUUACUGUUUGUUAAUUGCUAGAAAUUAAUUUUGUGAAAUUCUAAUUUGUACUAUCCUGUGAAAUCGAUUUGCUCUUUAUACCUCCCAUCGAUGAGAAAUCAAGAAAACAGAGACUGCAAUGUGGCCUUUCGUUUUUUAUUUGUUUUUGUCGCAUUCAAGUAUGUACUCCUCAAAAGACCGUGUUGCCUUACCGGUGAUCUCUGUAGCUUUUUAUUUCUAGGUUUAGAGGAAAAUUUUCUAUCUGAACUAUCUGAAAUCAAUUUUCAGUAAAUGUGCCGGUGAUCUCUCUUUUCAACAUCUCAUUCAUUUUGUUGACUUCUGCAUUUGCUUUAAAAUUUGUGCAUGUGUAUAAUCUGUUCAUUUUAAUGAGUCUUCCCCCUCCCCCCUGAAGUUUCUUUCGUUUUCAAGAUUUAUAUUUUUUAAUUGAUGUUACCGCGCUUCAAAAUAUUCUUUUGAAGCUCUCUGUUUUUACUUCUAUUUAAUUUAAGUUAAGAUAAUAAUUUAAGUAAAUGCAGCAAAUCUUGCACAUAUCUGAUUAAUCACCCCUUGGCUAAUAUGUGAGGGAGAGGGGGGGGGGGUGUAACUUGAUUCAGAGCUCUUUUUUCAGCUGUCAACUUUUAUUUUGUGCAGAUUAAUUUUGCCAUGAGUGCCAACAAUGUACUUUACAUUCCUGAAAUAGCUUACAAACAAGAGCUACAUAUUUCGUGAAUCUUAUUUUUGGAAAUCAUCAGUAAAAAUAGGAGCACAUUUGAAAUGGCAGACAAAAUGUGUAAGAAGAAGAAGGGUCCAUACUUUUCCAAACUCGCUGUAUCUUCAUUUCUGACGUUAAUGAGACAGCCAUGUUUGGCUUACUUGGAACUGUAUUCAAUUUCUCUUUUUCUUUUUUGAACCCCUAGUUGUUAAUGUAGCUUAGUUUUUUAAAAAUAAUUUCCAUUGUGAGAGCUGUUGGGUUGUUUUUUUUUUCAGUAUUUAUUUUACUCGUUUACUAACUUAUAUACUCAGGUAUUUUUAUUUGUAAGUAAUUCAUUGCAUCGUAGCUGGUAACAGGGUUACCAGUUUUUCGGCAACAAGUUUUGUACGUAGUUGGGGAGAAAUUUUCAAGCUAACAAGGUACUGAUAAUCACAAAAGCUAUAAACAAUGGACUUUAUUUGAGUGCAGGUGCCUUAAAGAAUUAAAAAGUAACAUUGUGUUCAAUUUUUCCCAUUAGAUUUCUGAAAAGAAGUUUCAUGAUCAGAGUACAAUUUCUUCUUCUUCAGCCUUUCUCUCUAGUGCUCUUUUUAAGCAUCAUUUUGAUUCUCUUGCAAAAUUUAACAUAUCUUUCUGCUCAACGAGCUCCCCUCUUCUUCUCAGGAACAACAUUCUUCAACAUUCCAGGAAAUGAGCCAGUUGGAACAUUACUAAAUUUUAUAACCAUUACUUGCAUUAACUAUUUUCUAGUCCUUGGAAAUUUUAAGUAAUUUUCACUGUGCUUAUGAAUGGGAUGGAACAAAAAUAACUCAUUUAAUUAUAAGUAAAAAAUACUCAUUAUUCUAAGCUAUUUGAGGUCAUGUUACCAAUUUAGUGCAUAUCACUCUUAUCCCAUCCCCCCUCUCCCCCUUAACGCGUGGUUCAAAGAAUAAAAGAAGCUAAAAAUACAAGGAUGAGUAAAAGAUGUAUAUUGAAGAGACAGAGUUCAUGCUAUAAGGUGGGAAUAUAGUCUAAGAAAAGAGUAUAUCCAUGGAAAUGGGUAACCCCCCAUCCCCCAGUCCUACAUUUUACCUGAGAGUAGCAUUAAGUACAUAUUUCUUUUUACCAAAUGAUGAGUGUCUUGAACUUUCAGCUUUGGUCUUACGAGAGCCAACUGUGUUCGUAGUCGUUAAAAUGUAGUUUGGCUAAGAAUAAACUUUAAAUUUUAGAAA